AUGGGGUUUCUGAGCAUAAUGGGUAAUUCCUUUGGGUGCUCGGCCUCCGGGGAGCGUCUCGUCUCCGCGGCGAGGGAUGGUGAUCUCCAAGAAGCUAAGGCCCUCUUGGAGUACAAUCCCCGCCUCGCCCGGUACUCCACCUUCGGCGUUCGCAAUUCGCCGCUGCAUUACUCGGCGGCGCAGGGCCACCACGAGAUCGUCUCUCUGUUGCUCGAGUGCGGUGUCGAUAUAAAUCUCAGGAAUUUCAGGGGCCAGACCGCUUUAAUGCAAGCUUGUCAAUAUGGUCACUGGGAGGUUGUACAGACUCUUAUGCUCUUCAGAGCCAAUAUUCACAGGACGGAUUAUCUCAAUGGCGGAACCGCUCUUCACUUUGCAGCCCUAAAUGGUCACUCUCGCUGUAUCCGUCUUCUUCUUGCCGAUUUUGUGCCUAGCAUUCCUCACUUUUGCAAUAUUAUGAGACAGAAAUCGACAGAAGAAGUUUGUAUUGUAGACUUUGAUGACGACGCCUUAGACACGAUAGUCAACAGAAAAGCCGACGGGGGCAUCACUGCGCUCCACAUGGCGGCUCUAAAUGGGCAUGGUGAUGCUGUGCAGUUGCUAUUGGACCUGGGCGCUCGUGUCUCCGAGGUCACAGUGGAGGACGGGACAACAAUUGACUUGAUAGGUGCGGGGAGCACGCCACUUCAUUAUGCUGCUUGUGGAGGAAACGCCGUGUGUUGUCAAAUUCUCAUUGCCAGAGGAGCCAACUUGAAUGCUGAAAAUUCUAAUGGUUGGACUCCAUUGAUGGUCGCUCGAUCAUGGCAUAGAAAUUGGCUCGAGGGCAUUUUAAGCAGGCAGCCAGAAGCCCGAAUACUUACUCCUCCAUCUCCCUACCUAUCUCUCCCUCUUAUGAGUAUCAUGGGCAUCGCGAGAGAGUAUGGAUGGAAAAGUACAGAUCUCUCACCUGCAUAUAUCGACCCAUGUGCUGUCUGCUUGGAACGGAGAUGCACCGUAGCUGCAGAAGGUUGCAACCACGAGUUCUGCACGAGAUGCGCCCUCUACCUGUGCUCCACCAACAGCACCUCGAUCACUGUGCCGGGCCCGCCGGGCGCGAUACCGUGCCCUCUCUGCCGCCACGCGAUCGUGUCCUUCAUCGCGCUCCCUGGCAUGACGAGCCCUGUACGUGAGCUGCCUAGGACGAGCCUCUCCCUGUCCCUGUGCACCACGUGCCCUGCCGUGAGCUCGGAUUCAGACGGCUCGUCCUCCUUCCGGUCCCUCAGUUGCCAGAGGUUCCCUUCUGUGAAGCUUAACACGACUUUUUGCAUGGGCGACCCCGACACAAGCCCGUGCCUCAUAAGGUGCUCAAGGUCGGGAUCGAGCCUGCGACGAUCGGCCUCUCAAGGAGAGAGCAGCAGGAGGUCGUGGCUAAUCACCGUCAACCAAAUCGCAGCUACUACCGGUGGCAUCUGAACUCUUCUCUAUUCCUCGUAUUUUGGGUCUUUCGCCCGCCUGUUUUUGCGGUUUUCUCGACCUAUGUGUGCUUGCCGCGUGGACCUGUCUCUCGCCGAAAUGCCUGCUGCCGAAAUUUGUCGUCGAUGCGAGUAGUGCAUUCGCGCAUUGUGGGGUUUGUAUAUAUUGGACUAUUUUCUAAUGUGAUGCUGUAUAUGAUGUGGAACAUGAGGAGGCCGCCGCCGCAGCCGCUGCCGCCGUGUUGAUUUAUUUAUCCGCCGUGUUGAUUUAUUUAUUUAUUAUUUAUAAACCGGAGAUGCUCUGAUCUUCUAUUUUCUGGAAUGAAAUGACCAGAGUUUUAUCUCAGGAGCUUUAGUUCUCAGAAGAGUUAAACAGCCUUUUCUUCA